AUGUACGGACUUAGCGCAGAACAAAACGUUGUCCCUGACCCUUCGGUCUACGCUCAAGUAAGUACUCUAUCAUAAACUUUACCUUACUUAACUUAAGUCACUGAGGGAUAUAUUCAUUAUUCAUUUUAAUGUAACAUUGAUUUAAAUCACAAAGAUGGUCGAUUACUUAACAUUCGUUGCUCGCGAUUUUUCUGCUGUUCUGGUAGUUUGUGAUUUUCUAACUUAACGUAUAUUUAUUUGGUGUGAUAUUAAAAAAGAUUUUCGUUUGCCAAUAUUGCUUAAAGGAUCUGAACAGUCCACUCUAGCGCUCGCUACAUGUAAAGGAAUGGCACUUAUGAUUGUUCUAAAUGUGAUAAUUUCUUGCCAUAAUGGCGCGCUGAAGACAACGCUCUUUCGCGAAACGUCAAAAAGGUUUAAGGACGCCUGUUGAACUUUAUUAACUGAGUACUGAAUCUUUGUUUUUUUACAACUCAAGGCGGUAUAAUUUAUCCUAGUUGUCGUGUCGGGGUAGAAGUAAUUACGUGCGGCAUGUAAACGACUGGUGACGAAGAAUUUUAUAAUGUUGCGCUUGAAAAGACUCAUUGUUCCUUUAGCAUUGUGAUGAAGCUCGUGUAGCAGCACCAACAUUAUGGGCCGAUUACAAGACAUUAGUGACUAAACAUGGGCAAAGAGAGGAGACAGAAAUUCAAACCAUGUGAUUGAGUAACUUAUUUUCUAAGCAAAAACAUUUGCUCAUUUGUGGCUUGGUCUGUCUCGUCUCUUGCCAGUAUCUUUUUUCACUGCGUUAAAUGUUGAGUUUUUACACACCGUUGUGAUGAACACUCUAAUCGCUUAAUUCAUUUUGUACUUUUAGGAUUUGAUCCCCGAUGAUCAGUCACUUUUCGACCCUGCCUUCAAUGAUCCUUACAAGCCACUGAAACCAUCCAACAAGAGCGACAAUCAUUUCUAUAGUAAAAAGAGGCCAUUGGAGUCUGAACUUGAAGAGCCACUAGCCAAAAGAGCUUACGUUCCCAGCAAUGAUUUUGUGGAAAGAAACACACCAUCGCCUGUCCCACAAAACCUUUCGCAUGAAAAACGAGUCAUAGUUCCAGCCGGUAAGAAUUCAUAUUAAGAUUGUCAAAUCGUAGUUUGAUGUCUAUCAACAUUAGUCACACCCAAUGAGUUAUGUGUCAAUCCAGUUGAAACGCGCCCUGUGUCAUGUUUUCUCGCACUGCCGAUUGAAUUUCUCUCUAGUAAUCAUUCUGGAUUGUGACAAGAAGAUUUGGGCGGUCUUAGUAAACCCCACCCCGGCUUUUUCGGUUUGACCUCGGACCGUGAAAAUGAGAGCGAUUACCUUUAAACCGCAAGGCAUUAAAUUUUGAUGAGGGCUGCGACACGAACAUUUUUGACUUGCCGAUUGGAAGUUGAAUUUGAAAUAUUUGAAUAUAAUGUUCAAGUGCUGAGGAGACCGGAAAGCGUGAAUAUAGAUUGCCUAAUUUCGUAAAAAAGGCGGAACAACCCGCUGCGUCUUAGUCUACUACUUUUGUCUUCAUAGUUUGCUGAAGGGAUUCGACCAUCCAUCUUGUUAUUAAACUGUUGCUCACUUUGACGAAAAUUAUUUGUCACUAAAACUUGUUUUAAAAAUAUGAGGACGAAAUUAUAUCUUGUUACCAUUCAAAUGAAACCUCUGUGGCAUAACUUUUUCACAGUUCUUUUUACUUAUUAAGGUAGGCAAAAAAGGAAAAUUAAAUUGUCUUAAAGGAAUAUUUCUUUGGCCUUAAUAAGAAGUGUAAAGGGUUAAGCCGGUCCUUCAAGAAGCUGUGGCCCUUUCUUGUUUGUUAAUAUCCAGUGAACAAACACUUCAGAUACUGUUCUUCUAUUACCUGCCGAUACUCUUCAUCUCGGUAUUAUCACAGUGAUUUAAAUAACGGGUUCAAAUAACUUCCAUGGUGUUCAUCAAGCGUUCAUAAAAUGCCUCACGAGUCAAUCGUUACCAGCUGACUUGGACAAAAACAUAACAACUCAAUUUUUACUGUAACAUUUCUUUAAAAAGUCUACAUUUUUAGAAAGCUCACAAACAGUGUCAAUUGCGAUAAAGCGCUCUUGAUUUUGAUGGUUUUAUUGCAAUGACUCUUCCUAUGAGUUUUAACAUCUGGUUGAUUUAAUUUUCCUUUUUUUUUUUGGUUCAGAUCCUCUGUGCUGGACCAAAGAACAUGUUCGUCAAUGGAUUCAGUGGGCCAUCAAAGAAUUCAGUCUCAAAGACAUCGAUGCCGAUCGAUUCGAUAUGGACGGCAGAGAACUCUGCAAACUGACCAGGGAGGGCUUUAUGAAACUAGCCCCAGCCUAUAAUGGAGACAUUUUGAUGGCACAUUUAUGCGUUCUUCGUAAAAGUAAGUCAAAAACACUGUCUUGACACGAAAACCUACUGUUUUUCCCUCAAAAAUAGUCAUCCAAUUAGUGAUGAAGAAAUCUUAAUCCAAUCUGAUAGUCAUCUUUAUGGUGAAAGUAAGAUGGAUUUUAACAAUUUAGCCAAAAUUCAUGAACCAAACAAGCAAGAAAGAAAUAGGAUUAGUGCCGUUGUUAGUUUUAGGUCAAGGCAAUCUUGAGAAAACAACACGCGACAUGAUAGAAAUCUAAGUUAAUUUACAUGUUUUCAACCCUUUUUACUCCCAGAGUCUUAUACUUAUCUUGUAUUUCUGUUCGUUCAUUUCAGCUCCUCUACCAAACCUUACCUCUGAUGAUAUUGAUAGCGCUUUGGCCCCUGCAUCCACACAAGGUAAGAAUCCCAUUUUUUCGUCUUCAAAGUAAUAACGUUCGACCCUGUUCGCCUCCAGAAGCUCAGUGGUUAGAGCAUCCGAACUAGAACUCAAGAGGGUCGUGAGUUCAUUUCUCACCUGAAGAUCAGAUUAUUUUUCCUAAGCUUUAGAUUUUACCUUCUUUCAAAUUUAAAACGCCUCUCUCGUGAAACAUUUUCCCUGAAAAGCAUUGUGUUGUUGAUGUAUAACAGGUUGUUAAUUCAAGGAUUUUUGCUAUUAUUUUUUGCAGCGUCUUACCACGCACCUUCUCCACCAGUGUUUGACUCGAGACAACACCCUGUGAUCACUAGCAAUCCAUCAGUUGUCAGGAGCACUGAAAGUCUUCAAGCACGAUUCAGUGGAAAUGGUGAGUUCAUAGUCUCAUUUUAUUCCACCUCAAGGUUUUGUUCCCUUAGCUUGCAAGUUGUCGUUCUCAUCGGCACUCUUAUCAAGGCAGAUUAUGCUUUUUUUUUUCUCAUUCUCUCUUACCCUUUAAAACUUAUGCCUUCAAUUUUCUUCUAAGUUUCUCUUACUCUAAAAAAAAAACUUCUUGAUUUCGCGUGUUCUUAAGUAAUUUAUUUUCUCUGUAUGUUAUAGUCUAUUCAUUUGUUUUCUUAAUAUUCUUUUUUCUGUUAUUUUUUAGAUUCCAUUGACAGAAGUUCUCCUUGGGCGUCACCUUCAUCCACUCCAAGACUAUCCCAUAUGAAGGACAGUGUUGUUCCCUCCAGACCCAUGUCCGUUCCAGAGCCUCAGUCCCUCUCGAGUUCGUUCUCCAGUGCCAACGUUGGUAGCCGCGCCGAGCCCGCUAGCACCGGCAGCGGACAGAUUCAGUUGUGGCAGUUCCUUCUCGAGCUCUUGUCAGACCCAAAGAACUCGACUUGCAUCGCCUGGGAAGGUUCCAACGGCGAAUUCAAGCUGGUAGAUCCUGACGAGGUAGCCAGAAAGUGGGGAGAGCGAAAGAAUAAGCCAAACAUGAACUACGACAAGCUUAGCCGAGCGCUGCGAUAUUACUACGACAAAAACAUCAUGACCAAGAUCCACGGCAAGAGAUACGCCUACAAAUUUGACUUCCAAGGAUUGGCUCAACUCAACCAGCCAAUCACAUCAGACGCUCAAGCACAUGCGCAAGCCGCGUACAAGUUUCCUGGAUCAGACUUCUACGCUGGUUUUCCCGCCGCCUCGUCGCUGUUCCCGCAUCCAGCAGCCAACAGCUGUUACCCAAUGUCCUACUGGGCGCGGGCUCCACCAUCGUAUCCGCAAACAAGACCAAUGUACGGUCCGCCAUUGGGCGCUGGGAUGACUUACUACGCUUAG